ACUCUUGUUUCAGGAAAUGCAGUUGAUGGAUGGCCACUUCACGCACACGUUUCUUCGGGCAUUCAGUCAAAUAAGUCGGUUUUAUCAAUUAUAAGCAGACAAAAGUGGGGAUGAUAUUACCAAAGGCAGUCAGAUUCAUCAUUCUACCCCUUCUGGCUGUGUAUUUCUUUUUGGAGAAUACGGGCUACACUCAGCCGACAGAAUUGGUUUUACAAGAUGUGACACAUAGAAAACUAUCCCAUAAUCAUGUCAGAGAGAAAAGAAAUGCUAUAGGACGUUGUUGUGCAACAAAUUGGUCUCCAAUAUCAGUGGACAUUGUCCUCUCAUUGGACACUCUAACAGUGGACAUUGAGCCAACAGAGUUCAUUAAUCUACUGAGGGAUGUUGUGGAAAAUUUCAUUUUACCGUUCAACCUAACAGAUGAUUUAAUGCUGGCAUGCUUACAUUUUACCACAGCCUGCUAUCCUGACUCUACUGGAGGACAUCAAUGUCAUUGUGAGGAGCCGUUCUUAUGGUCAAGGGACAUUUGUAACACUUAUGGUGCAUGCAGCAAUACCAACACACAAACCUGCAACUGCAUUAACGGAAUUCCAUCUGGACAGUUCUGUGAACCAAAUAUCGACACAUGUGAAUCACCACAACCAGCACAACUAAAAGAAGUGGACGUUGUCCUCACGGUGGACACUCCAGCCGACACUGAGCCAUCAGACAUCAUUAAUCUACUGAGGGAUGCUGUGGAUAACGUCUCUUUGCCAUUUGAGAUAGCAGAUAAUUUAAGACUGACAAACUGGAAUUUGACCACAGGCUGCUAUCUGAAGUCUACCAGAGGACAUGAGUGUCAUUGUGAAGAUUCCUUUGCUUGGUCAUGUGACAUCUGUGACACCUAUGGUGCAUGCAGCAAUGCUAGUACAUUCACCUGUGACUGCAUUAAUGGCAUCCCUCCGUUUGGACAGUUCUGUAAACCAAUCUCAAGGAGGAAUCUUACCGAAGUGCCAGAGCCAGCUCAUCUGGCUCCUCACAAUGCGGAGAAUCAGUGGCUCUGA